AUGAAACACCACCAGAGGCCCGAUAAAGCGUCAGAAACACCCCGCGAUCAAUAUCGAACCCCGAAGCGACCCAGUGCCCAGCCAUUAUCCAGUUCCUCGAAAAGUACCACAUCGAAGCGCAAAGCGUCUCCGAGAUUGUCACUAUCUGGGCGGCCGUGGAAACGAACUUCCCUACCAAAUUCAUCUCGAGAACAGUCUACACUUACUCAGAUCGACUUUGUGACCCAGACCCCAUGCUCGAACCACGACGAGCUCGACUACAUCGAUGAAAAUGGGGUGGGUGGAAAAGCACUCGGAGCAGCCGAAUCUGUGCACAUAGGCGACGAGUCUGGUGACGAUUCCGACUACCGACUACCUCCGCAAGUCCGAUCAGGCUUUCCAAACCUCGAGAUUAAAGACGACCACACAAAAAGGCGAAGAAGGAGCGCCGAGGUUCCUCGAGUGCCCGAGCGAGGCAGUAUCCUUAAGAAGAGCCAAAAGCCUAGGCCGAGCAAUGGCAGAGGGAAACGAAAGUCUACCGACAAACCACCGCCAAAGCGCGAUAAGACCCUUACACAAAUGGACUUCGUGCGGCGCUAUAUCACAAUCGAUGAUGAUGACGAUAAUAACGUGAACAUGAAAUAUUUACAGCCGGCUCCUCAGAAAGUCUCAGGAGAGGGUGGUCAGCAGGCAGAAACGGCAGGAAACCAGGGAAUCAAGACUCAGCUCCCCUCGACCUCUACAAAACGCACGCGCGGGGUCGUUGAAGAAGAAAUAGACCUAUCCACGGGCGAGCUGAUAUCUCAGCCGGGUGAAACGCAAAAUACCAGCAAACAACAUGACACCCAAGAUCCUCCCAAAUCCGAUAUUCCAAUCACGCCGCGAAAACCGAGGAGGCUUGAAAUUCCGUCUUCGCAGUCACCAGAAAGUCCAGGGCUGGCAAUAAUCACAUCAUCUCAGUUUCGGAGUGCAACACAUUCGCCGCAGAAAACUAUGCGAUCAAACAUUGCACAUCCUGAUAAUUGCAUCAAGAAAGAAUCUCCAAGUUCAUUAGGGGCCGCCGACGGCUCCCUAGAUCAAGAUCGCUCAAUUCAGGACAAGCCCCCAACACCAAAUCUACCUACCGGGCACGAUUUUCUUAACCGACAACCAUCGCUAUCCACAGGCAAUGCGACUUCCCGCGCACUGUUUGCAGCAAUAGUAUCCCAGGAACUGCCGCCAAGAGAGGAUGAACCCCAACCUGAGCGUACUCAACGCGAAAGAAUCGUAGUUUACGAAACAGAUGCGGAAACAGACAAUGACGAAUUUGAGGAUGACAGUGAGAAUGAACCGGGUACUCCAUCUCGACCAUGUGCCCCGCUGGGCGAUUCAAAUGAGGCUCAAAUCAGACCGCAAUCGCCGAGUGAUGACUCUCAAUAUCUUCCUCUGCCGGGCCCUCAAUCUUACGACGACCCAGACUCUGCACAUACCUCCGAGGCUCCGAUGUCAGAUGCAUCGUUGUUCUAUCAAAGAGUGCAGCCGGCAACUCAAUUCCCACAUGAACCCAUUCCCACUUUGAACACACAAAAACUCUCCGAGCUAUUCCCCAACGAAGGGAGCACACAACAUCCUCGACGAGGAACCGCAAACCAUAUUCCAAAACAUCCUGUUCUGUCUUCCCAGACUCAACCGCAAAGCCAAGAAACGGAUCAGAUUGAACUCGUGCCCGAGUCAUCCCCUGCUCGGGACCAGGAGAACAGUGUGGAUGCUGGAGGGGCUGGCUUUCAGCGACCUCAGCCCCUUGGGUCAGUGGUCCAGGUCGAGUCAUCUCAACCAGUUGACCGUGGUCACAAUGGCGGGGGAGUAUCAUCGCGCAGUCACCUUCUGACUUCCAGCGUGAUGGAGAGUAUUCCCCUCCCCAAUUUCUGGAUGGGGAGCCAGGACAGUGUAGGGGAGCCUUAUAGUCUCCCUGAACGGUGA